AACGUUAAUAUCCCUGACCUAGCAAACGGCUAGUAAGCAAUCCUCAAAAUGUUAUCCAUAUGUUUCACACCAAACAUUAUUAUUUUUGAACAUAUGACGAAUACGCCAAAGCCGCAUAAAAUCUGUCAGCAAAUGUUUUCAGAAAGAGGACGCAGCACUUUAGUGAACAGGCAUACGCUGCUUAGCUAGCUAGCUAAAUAAUGACUAAGAGGACCUAGCCAAGCCGACGCCAUGUUGACCAAACCAAAAUGGCUGCAUGAGAGAUUAGUUGACAGUCGGUUGGUUGCAUUUGAGUUGAUUUCUUGUUUUGGAAAAUUACGUACUAUGUUAAUGCCGGGACCCUAUCAAAUCAGCAAGACUAACGCAUUUUCUUGAAAUCUGUGCAGGCUAUCCCCACCAGACCAUCAUGAUCAAGUUCUUCCUAAUGGUCAACAAGCAGGGACAGACUCGCCUGUCUAAGUACUACGAGAACGUGGACAUCAGUAAACGUGCAGCACUGGAGGCAGAUGUGGUCAAGGGAUGCCUCUCACGGCGGAAAGAUGAGUGUUCCUUUGUGGAGUAUAAAGACUACAAACUGGUGUACCGGCAGUACGCAGCCCUUUAUAUUGUGGUGGGCGUCACAGAUACAGAGAACGAACUCUCCAUUUAUGAGCUAGUGCACAACUUUAUUGAAGUCCUGGACAAGUACUUCAGUCGUGUGAGUGAACUGGAUAUCAUGUUUAACUUGGAUAAAGUGCACAUUAUCCUGGACGAGAUGAUCCUGAACGGCCACGUGGUGGAGACCAACAAGAACCGAAUCCUGGCCCCCCUGCUCGUUCUGGACAAGAUGGUGGAGAGCUGAGGGUGAAAGCCUUCCGCUGGUGAUCGGGGAGACCAUCCUGCCAUUCCGUGCAUGCUUUGACAGGAGUGGUCCUGCACUGCAGAUGUGGGCCUAUGCCCAAAGGGACUCCUAUGCAGCCAUGCAGUGCUUUUAACAAUGCUGCCUUUUCACUAUAUGAGGUUCUCACCGGAGUUUUUAAAAAGGUGUAAAACAUGCUAGCACAGCUGGUGAGAAUGUCAGAUGAAGGAAGGAAAACCAUAACGAUAAUAUACUUUGCAAACAUUUUUAAUGAUUUUUUUUUCGGAGCAUACACAUUUGAAAAUAUUUGUUUACUUCAAACUGCAACUUGAGUUAAAUAAAUGUUUAUAAUAUACAAAGAAAA